AUGUCUAAACCACGUUUUUUUACUGGUCUACAACCUACCGGAACCCUCACCUUAGGAAAUUAUUGUGGGGCAAUUCAGCCUAUUUUAGCCCUGCAAGAAGAUUAUGAAGUAAUUAUUAUGAUUGCUGAUUUACAUGCUUUAACAGUUCCUAAAAAAGACUUCGAUUAUUCGCAAAAAAGUCAGGAAAUAGUAGCCCUUUUAUAUGCUUGCGCUCCUUUUGUAACCAUUAGUGAAUUAAACAACAUGAUUCAAUACAAAGAAAAAAAAAAAGAGCAAGAAACUGGUAAUUUAGCCUUAUUAGCCUAUCCGGUUUUACAGGCCGCAGAUAUUUUUCUCUAUGAUUCAGAUUUGAUAAUUGUCGGACAGGAUCAGAAACAGCACCUCGAAUUAGCCACUGAUAUUGCCCAAAAGUUCAAUAAUUUUUAUGAAAAAGAAUUAUUAAAAAUCCCAGAAUUUACUAUUCCUAACUUGGGGGCAAAAAUUAUGGGACUAAAAGACCCAACCAAAAAAAUGAGUAAAAGUGAAAAUGACUACAUUGGACUUUUAGAGGCGUCUGAAGUAGUAAAAGAAAAAUUUAAAAAAGCCAAAACUGACAAAAUAAGAGAAGUAGAAAAAGAAAUGAAUAAACUAAAUUAUUCUCAAUUUAAAGAAAAAGUUGCUGAAAUAGUAAAUGAAAAAUUAACUCUAAUUCAAAAAAAUUAUAAUAUUUAUCUUCCUAAAAUUAGCGAGAUACUCAAAAAGAAUAAUGAAUAUCUGAAAAGUUUGGCCGAGAAAAAAAUCACUAUCAUCAAAAGAGAAUUAAAACUUAAUUAUGGAAAGUCGUAA